AUUGGCGAAGAGGCCAUGUUUAACCCUCAGCUCAUGAUUCAGACUCCACAUGAAGAUGGUGCCAAUAUACUAACAAUAGAAGCACUCAGACAGCACCUUGACUCUGCACUUCAGGUCAACAGAGUAGAUGUUUAUAUGUACAACAGAAAAUGGAAAUUGGAACACUUAUGUUAUAAAUCAGGAGAACUCAUCACAGAAGCAGGGUAUAUGGACCAGACCAUAGAAUAUCUUUAUCCUUGUUUAAUCAUCACUCCUUUGGACUGCUUCUGGGAGGGAGCAAAGCUACAGUCAGGAACUGCCUAUCUAUUAGGGAAACCUCCUUUUCAGUGGAUCAACUUUGACCCCUUAGAAUUCUUAGAAAAGUUAAAAAAAAUAAAUUACCAAGUGGAGAGCUGGGAAGAAAUGCUGAAAAAAGCAGAGGUUGGUCAUGGUUAUAUGGAUCAACCUUGUCUGAAUCCUGCUGAUCCCGAUUGUCCAAUCACAGCUCCCAACAAAAAUUUCACCAAACCUCUUGAUGUGGCUCUUGUUUUGAGUGGUGGAUGCUAUGGACUGUCGAGAAAAUACAUGCAUUGGCAGGAGGAAUUGAUUAUAGGUGGUACAGUCAAGAAUAGUUCUGGUAAGCUUGUCAGUGCCCAGGCUUUGCAAACCAUGUUUCAGUUAAUGACUCCUAAGCAAAUGUAUGAACACUUCAAGGGGUAUGAAUAUGUUUCACAUAUCAACUGGAGUGAGGAUAAGGCAGCAGCAAUUCUGGAAGCCUGGCAGCGGAUGUAUGUUGAGGUUGUUCAUCAAAGUGUUGCAGAAAACUCUAAUCAGAAGGUGCCUUCCUUUACUACAACUACCCUGGAUGACAUUCUAAAGUCAUUUUCUGAUGUCAGUGUUAUCAGAGUAGCUAGUGGCUACUUACUAAUGCUUGCCUAUGCCUGUUUAACAAUGCUGCGGUGGGACUGUGCAAAGUCUCAAGGUGCUGUGGGGCUGGCAGGAAUCUUCUUGGUUACUCUCUCAGUGGCUGCAGGACUGGGUCUGUGCUCAUUGAUUGGAAUUUCCUUUAAUGCUACCACAACUCAGGUUUUGCUUUUUCUUGCUCUUGGAGUUGGUGUAGAUGAUAUAUUUCUUCUGGUACAUGCAUUUAGUGAAACAGGGCAGAAUAAGAGAAUUCCAUUUGAGGACAGAACAGGUGAAUGUUUGAAGCGAACAGGAGCAAGUGUAGCCCUUACAUCUAUCAGCAAUGUUACUGCUUUUUUUAUGGCUGCCUUAAUCCCUAUUCCUGCUUUACGAGCAUUUUCACUCCAAGCAGCAGUUGUGGUGGUAUUCAACUUUGCUAUGGUUUUACUGAUUUUUCCUGCUACCCUGAGUAUGGACCUUUAUCGUCGGGAAGACAGGAGACUGGAUAUAUUCUGCUGUUUUACAAGUCCGUGUACCACUAGAGUGAUUCAGAUUGAACCUCAAGCAUAUGUGGAAAACAGGGAGAUGCAGUCUACAGUGCAGUUACACACAGAAUACGAUCCUCAUGCACAGGUGUACUACACCACAGCAGAGCCUUGCUCAGCAAUAUCUGUGCAGCCCGUGACAGUGACACAAGAUAAUAUCAGCUGCCAGAGCCCAGAAAGCACAAACUCAACAAGAGAUUUGCUUUCCCAAUUCUCAGACUCCAGUAUGCAUUGCCUCGAGCCACCCUGUACUAAAUGGACACUCUCAUCUUUUUCAGAAAAGCAUUAUACUCCAUUCCUGCUAAAACCAAAAGCUAAGAUUGUGGUUAUUUUUCUUUUUCUGGGUUUACUUGGGCUCAGCCUUUAUGGAACUACCCAGACUAGAGAUGGACUGAAUCUCACAGAUAUUGUACCACAAGAAACCCAGGAUUAUGAUUUUAUUGCAGCACAGUUCAAGUAUUUCUCAUUUUACACUAUUUAUAUAGUACAGAAAGCAGACUAUCCCAGUCCCCACAUCCAGCACGUACUUUAUGAACUUCACAAAAGUUUCAGUAAUGUGACAUACAUUUUUUUGGAAGAGGAUAAGCAGCUUCCCAAAAUGUGGUUGCACUACUUUUGAGACUGUCUGCAACGACUUCAGCAUGCAUUUGAAAGUGACUGGGAAGCUGGGAAAAUCACUUAUAACAAUUAUAAAAAUGGAUCUGACGAUGCUGUUCAGACUUACAAACUCUUGGUGCAAACAGGCAACCGAGCAAAGCCCAUUGACAUCAACCAG